UCAUCACACGGUUUGGCCUGUGUAUGGGGGGAGCUGAACAGCGCUUAGGGCCACUAGGCGUUGAGCACUGAGGGCCGUAGAGCGGUUGACGCUGUGACAGUGUAAGGGUGACGAUGAUACGGGGUCUUGGAGCACCGGAGAGCGGCGAUUUUGGUGGUGGUGAUGCUGGCGGUGGUGAUGGUGAUGCUAAUGUUGAUGCUGAUUCUCAUCGUGCUAAACGCACGAGAACUCUACGUACGAUGUUCGAGGACCUGCCUGAGGAGCUUGUCGGGCUGGUGUUCACUCACCUCACAAGACUGGACUACUUACAAUUCAGAGUGCUGCGAAGACACCCUCUCUUCGCCAGGUUCGUCAACAGGAGCCACAUGGUUCUACGAAAUACCCCCACAGCUCGCAGAUUCAGAGAGUUACCAGACGUCAGGUAUACACAGCACGUCCAUUUAGCAGAUUCAUUCAUACAGCAGGUACAAAAGUUCAAAGACCACUUGCCCUUGAACGCCGGCGAAUUGACGGUGUUCUUUGAGUUCGACUCUAAAGAGUGGAGCACUAGACGUGUAUUGCACACGAUCUUGGAGUUUUGCCAUUACAAUGGAAUAUACCUGGUUAUCUAUGACGUUGUCGGUGAUGCACUGGAAACCCAUUUGAAGAGCGUUGGGAAGUAUGAGUUUGAACUGAUUCAAAACAACCGAGGAAAUUUCACUUCAUUCAGUAUAGUGAUGGCACAUAGAGCUCCAAAGGCUAAGAUUACGUUGAUGAGAUAUCCAGAAGUUAUGGGACUGGAAUAUAGACCUUGUGAGCAAGUUCACGAUUUUCUAAACAUGAAUGGAGUCGUCUGGAACCAUACCUUGGAAAACUUGAGAGUCUUCAAGUUUUUCCAUCAAUCUCAAAAGGUGUUGAAUUAUUUCCUCGAACGCAAGUUGAUUAUACACAUUAGAGAAUUGGUCAUACUGAUAAGCACACCGAGGGAUUGUAUUAAACAGAGGAACAUUUCCAAUUUGAAACUUCCCAAAUUAAUAAAACUCAAUGUGUUGAGCUUGAACGUUGCGAACUUUAACAACAACGACUUACCGAGUCUGGAAGUGCUCUCCAUCGAGGGACCUCCAUCUAGAGUCAAUGGGUCUUCAAGAGCCUAUGGGUCCAGCCAAAACGUUACCAAGGGAUUAUCCUUCUUGGAUAAUAACCUGCCACGACUGAAGAUACUUGAUAUAUCAACAGACCUCCUGCGGGAUUUUGAAUCCGACAAGUGUCAGCUGAACCAACUCGAGAGGUUUAGACUCGAUACAAAUUUCAUUGGAAUGUACGGUACAAUGGGGUAUUUAUUCAACACUUUUUGUCAUGCAAAGCACAUAAGUUUCAUCCCAAGGGACGAGUCGUAUGCUGCAGAGAUGAUGGAACUAUUCAUGGGCGGGUUGUACGACUGUUCCCAUCUGGAAUCGUUGCUCAUCGCAAACCACACGGAGGAUAAAUGGCUCUGCGAGUUGGAGAAGAAGCAAUUCCCAGCGUUGAGGAGCUUCUACUACUACAACGCAAAGACCACAGUUAAAACCAUGCCACAGCUCAUGGCCCCUAGCCUAGAGCUCCUGGUGUUAUUCAACACCAAGAUUGAGAAAGUGAUAACCAGAGGUUACAGAGGCCCGAUGAAGCUCGUCUACACGCCCACAGACGGCUGCCUGCCGGAUUACUACGCAAACGUCCACUUCAGUGGAGAGAGGUACAUUGUCAGGGACUGCUGUAAUAGCCAAUACUGUAUCGAAUGGCUCCAUCCUCCAACUUAUGACGUCGAUAUGCUAACACGCAAGGAAAACCUCAUAACGUUGGCCAGCAACGAGCCCUUUGAAUUCGGCACCAUCGACCUUCGUUAUCACCUUAGUGAUAACAUCAAGGACAAGUGCGUGCUGAAGGACCCGUACUUGAUCGACUUUGAAGCACAGGAGCCAAUCAACAGGAGAGAACGCAACAUGUGGUGGUACUGAGCUGGCCUCCAUCAACGAGAGACACUAUGAUGGAAGCUGUGAUUACGUAAUAAUUUGCCAUGUUAUUGCUUUGCGUUUUCCCCAAAGCUUAAAUUUCCGGUAUCCGCAGUUACUCAGAAGUU